AAAGAAGGAUUCGCAGUUUGUGCUCCGGCAGCUCAGGAGAGAGAUGUGAUGAUAUGCGCUGUGAUUUCAGGAAACCUGUUCAUCAUGGCUUGACAGGAAGGCAACAAAUAACUGUGUUUCUUAACAGCAAGAUGGACAUGAUUUCAAGUGGAAACAUAUGACACCAUGGGAAUGAUCUUGAGAAUGAAUUUCAUCUCUAUUUUCUUUCUUCCAUCCUUACUGUUUUGUACUCAUCCCAUCUCAGCUGCUAACUUACAGCGGCCAUUGGUAUCCAGGGCAGCAACCCGCUCGGUGGCGAGGAUGGAUGGAGAUAUCAUCAUCGGGGCUCUGUUCUCUGUCCAUCAUCAACCGGCGGCUGAGAGGGUCGCUGAGAGGAAGUGUGGUGAGAUCAGGGAACAGUAUGGAAUCCAAAGGGUGGAAGCGAUGUUCCACACGCUGGACAGAAUAAACGCAGAUCGAUACCUUCUACCCAACAUCACUCUGGGUUGUGAAAUCAGGGACUCUUGCUGGCACUCAUCAGUAGCUUUGGAACAAAGUAUUGAGUUCAUAAGAGACUCUCUCAUUUCCAUCCGUGAUGACAAAGAAGGGUCAAAAUGGUGCGUUGAAGGACAUCCUUCGGCUCAGCCACCAGCCACCAAAAAGCCCAUUGCUGGUGUCAUUGGACCCGGGUCCAGCUCAGUGGCCAUUCAAGUUCAGAACCUGUUGCAGCUUUUCAACAUCCCCCAGAUUGCUUACUCAGCUACAAGCAUUGACUUGAGUGAUAAAACUCUCUUUAAGUACUUCCUUAGGGUUGUCCCAUCUGAUACCCUUCAAGCCAGAGCUCUCUUGGACAUUGUAAAACGGUACAACUGGACUUAUGUGUCAGCAGUUCAUACUGAGGGGAAUUAUGGGGAAAGUGGCAUGGAGGCCUUUAAGGAACUGGCGUCUCAGGAGGGUCUGUGUAUCGCCCACUCUGACAAAAUCUACAGCAAUGCUGGAGAGAAACACUUUGACCGGCUGCUGAGGAAACUUCGAGAACGUCUACCUAAAGCUCGUGUGGUAGUCUGCUUCUGCGAGGGAAUGACUGUACGCGGUCUCCUCAUGGCCAUGAGACGCCUCGGUGUAGCUGGAGAAUUCCUCCUCAUUGGCAGUGACGGCUGGGCAGACCGAGACGAGGUUGUGGAGGGUUAUGAACAGGAAGCCGUGGGUGGAAUCACGAUGAAGCUACAGAGUGAGGAGGUCACGUCCUUUGAUGACUACUAUCUGAAGUUACGCCUCAACACCAACACUAGAAACCCCUGGUUUGCGGAAUUCUGGCAGUAUCGUUUCCAGUGUCGUCUCCCAGGACACCCACAAGAAAACACAAAUUAUAAGAAGAACUGCUCAGGUUAUGAAAACUUGGAGGACAACUAUGUCCAGGACAGUAAGAUGGGUUUUGUCAUCAAUGCCAUCUAUGCCAUGGCUCAUGGCCUGCAUGAUAUGCAUCAGCACCUGUGCCCAGGUCACAUAGGACUGUGUGAGGCGAUGGACCCUAUUGAUGGCAGCAAACUGCUGGACUUCCUCCUCAAGACGUCCUUUACUGGUGUGUCUGGAGAGGAUGUGUGGUUCGAUGAAAACGGGGACUUACCAGGCAGGUAUGACAUUAUGAACCUGCAGUAUGUCAAGCCUGGAGUCUAUGACUAUAUAAAUGUGGGCUCUUGGCAUGAAGGCAUUCUGAGUAUUGAUGAUUAUAUUAUCCAGAUGAACCGCAGCGAGAUGGUCCAUUCUGUCUGCAGUGAGCCCUGCUCUAAAGGAGAGAUUAAAGUGAUCAGGAAAGGAGAGGUGAGCUGCUGUUGGAUCUGUACGGCUUGUAAAGACAAUGAAUAUGUCCAGGAUGAGUUCACCUGCAAAGCCUGUAAGCUGGGAUGGUGGCCUGAUGAAGAACUGAAUGGCUGUGAGCCACUUCCCUUGCGUUACCUGGAGUGGAGCCAUCCAGAAUCCAUCGCUGCUGUCGUCUUUUCCUGUCUUGGCAUCCUAGUGACCAGUUUUGUCACAUUCAUCUUCAUACUGUACCGAGACACACCCGUUGUGAAGUCGUCCAGCCGUGAACUCUGCUACAUCAUCCUCGCUGGAAUCUUCCUGGGUUACAUUUGCCCCUUCACUCUCAUUGCCCGCCCCACUGUAGCUUCAUGUUACCUACAGCGCCUCCUGGUGGGCCUCUCAGCUUCCAUGUGCUACUCCGCUCUCGUCACCAAGACCAACCGCAUUGCUCGUAUUCUAGCCGGCAGCAAGAAGAAGAUCUGUACACGCAAGCCGCGAUUCAUGAGUGCCUGGGCACAAGUGGUUAUCGCUUUUAUCCUCAUCAGUGUGCAGCUAACGUUGGAAGUCACGUUGAUCAUUUUAGAGCCUCCGGAACCUAUCAAGUCCUAUCCCAGUAUCCGAGAAGUGUAUCUCAUUUGCAAUACCAGCAAUUUUGUCAUGGUGGCGCCACUAGGCUACAACGGCCUACUCAUCCUAAGCUGCACCUACUAUGCCUUCAAAACACGCAACGUCCCAGCUAACUUUAACGAAGCAAAGUACAUCGCCUUCACUAUGUACACAACUUGCAUUAUCUGGUUGGCUUUUGUUCCCAUUUACUUUGGAUCUAACUAUAAGAUCAUCACCACUUCCUUCUCCGUGAGUCUUAGCGUAACGGUGGCUCUCGGCUGCAUGUUUACGCCAAAAAUGUACAUAAUCCUCGCUAAGCCGGAGAGAAACGUACGCAGUGCGUUCACCACCUCCGACGUGGUCCGUAUGCACGUAGGGGAUGGUAAAAUUGCUUGCAGGAGCAACAGCUUGCUCAACAUGUUCAAACGCAAGAAGAACACAUCUGGAAAUGCAAAUUCUAAUGGCAAGUCUGUGUCAUGGUCUGAACCAGGUUCAAGACAGCCUCCGAAAGGAGAUCACAUGUGGCACAGACUGUCUGUACAUGUGAAGAGACAGGAAGCCGGCUCCAAUCAGACGGCUGUCAUCAAACCCCUAACUAACACCUACAAUAACCCAGGCAUGGAGUUUUCCAAUCUAAGCACCAAGACUCUGUACAAUGUGGCUGAGGAGGAUGAGGGUGACCCAAUCAGAUACGACCCCUCGGGCAGCCCUCCUCUUACGCCCCUCAGGCAGUCGCCUAUAGGCAAGCCUAUGAAGGAGGUGGGCACAGAUCUGAAAUUUUACACUCCUAAACAACACUUGCCACUGAACAGUGUUCUCCCCGAAUAUGUUAUUGUAGACCACCUCCAGGAAGGGGUGGGAAAAUUCAGCACAAACAUGCCUGAUUUGGAUGAGAUUGUAAGCCUAGCCAAACCGGGCGAUAUACUGCAUCCUCAGCCCUUUCUGCCUAUGCAAUCGGGAUCUUACCCGGAAGAGCCCUUUUCCUCUCUGGAGGAGGUUGACAAUGAGCAGUUUGGACUUCUCCAAAGCUACAUGUAUGACAAUGCACAAAUCCAUGAUGAGGAGGAGUUGGUACAGUUUAAAAUGGCAAUGGAGGACUCUAUGGCACUCAUGCCACCUUCGCCGUUUCGAGAUUCCCUUGGCUCGGGCAGCCCGAUUCCUAACUCCCCUAUUUCUGAAUCCAUCUUAUACGCACCUCCGAGCGUGACUUACGCGUCCGUCAUUCUCAGAGACUUUAAGCAAACCUCCUCAACUCUUUGAAUAAAAUGUAUAAGGACAUCAUAAUAGGUGAUCAUUUCACAAGUUCCUAGUUUGUUCUUAGUAAUAGUAACUACUUGAAAUUAAGUUUUUAUAAUGUUUUCCUGUUAUCAAAGUGUUUUAAAGAGACUGUAUUGAAGUGAAUGUAUUUUGUCCAGGGUCCAAAAUCAACACACGCCAAACAGACAAGCCUGAUCUCAUGAAAACUACGUGACUGUGGUGACAUUUUUGCAAAAUUAUAUUAAGUAGGUUUUUGAGGUGGCAGUUCAAAGGUGAAAUGUCCACUGUGUGGCGAUAAAAGCAAGUUACAUUUUCUCUCAAACAAGAGUUUUUGAGGUAAAUGCUCUAUCGAGUUUUACAACCAAAAUAACUGACCUCCCUACCUUAAACCUAAACCUAAACCUUAUCUUUAGUGUCAGAAAAAUAACAUUUAUAAAACGUAAUUGCAGAAGCUUCUAUGACACUUUCAGCUCAAGUGUCGACUUGCGUGCAUUUCAGGACUCGUGCCACAGUUCUUUGCAUCGCAAGUGUAACGUUCUGUAAGUUGAGCUACGCACUAUUUAUUUCAAGCUCGAACAAGCUCAUAAAUGUUGUUGGUUAUGUAAUGCAAACAUUAGAACAAGUCAUGCACUACAGUAAAAGUGUUCAGAUGUCAUAAUAUAGCAUUGUGUGAGGAAUAGGGUGAAAAGGAAUUGUUUAUGAACUGAUAAUCUGCCUCUCUACUCAUGAUUUGUGUGAAAGUGAAUUAAAUUAAUUGUUGUUGUAAUGCCUCUGGUGUUUCCUGAUACCUACAACAAGCCACGUAAAAAUCAUUUUGCAAAAAUGUAGUUGUAGUUACAUGAUUUUUUUGAGACCAGGUAUGCUGAUUAUAACGUGUCUUUUGACCCCACUUUUUCAUGGCUGAUACAUUUUCUUAAUUCAUUCGCCAUUGGCAGGGGUGGCAAAAGGUUCAUUUCGGACCCUCACUGAAGAGACCUAAUCAGUGAUGCACUGAAUUAAACGGGCUCCAAACAUGGAAAAAACUCUUUCAUUUCUGUCGCUGUCCCUUUUGUAUUUUGGCAGCAUUUGACAAGAUCCAACAUCAGUGAUUGUGAUGCUGUAGAGCUAUUUGUGCUCGUGUCGCAUUGUCUUCCAUUGUAGAUCAAAUCAUGUAAAGGACUUUCUCAGAACAUUAGCAGUAAAUGAAGAUUUAGUGCCCAAGUAAGUUCAAACUUAGUGCAGCAGUUCCAUUCAGUUACAAGUAAAUACAAAUAGGUGUUUUAUACAAUAAAUCACUGGCAUAGAAUUGGGGAAGACGGGCUAUGCUAUGAAGGGGGGGAUUUUUCCACCGCACUUAUGCAUCUGUCCAUGUUUAUAAAUUCUUAUCAACGCUGCAAAUAAUUUUGCAUGAGUUAGGCCUACCUUGCAAUUGCGUGGCUGUGAGUCUGACAUAUUGAGAUGCAAAAACUGAAGUCCCCCCUCCGAUGUAUGAGUUGGAAUCGGCCAAUUAGUCGGCAGUGUCACGUGGUACCUGUUACGCACCCUGCAUUUGGUCCCCCUCAAAGUUGAAACCAAAUCUAUGGCAUUGCAAUCAAUCAACAUGACUUUUAUAAAUUAUAUUUUUAAACUAAUCUAAACAGCAACAUAAUUUAUAAGUGCUAUAGGUAUCAUCAACUAAUUAAUAAAGCAGAAACAUUCAAUUAAAGGAACAAUAAUUUACUUAUGCAUCAAAUGUAUUAAACUAAGUUCAGAUAUCACAUGCCUAAAUGUACAAUGUAGCAAAGAUUGGAUAGUGUUUAAGUGCCAAUGUCAAUAUUGCGACACUUUCAUUUAUAUUAGAUGUAUUUUUGUGUUUUUGUCUGUGUGUGUGCGCGCGAGUGUGUGCGUGUGUGUGUGUGUGUGUGCGCGCGCGCGAGUGUAUGUAUGCGCGCGCGCGAGUGUGUGUGUGUGUCUGCGUUUGCGUGCGUGUGUGUGUUUGUAAUGCAUGUGUAUGUAUGUGCGUGUUGUGUGUGUGUGUUUGUGUUUUAAAAACAGUAAAACAGAGACUGUAUAUGCUGACUUGCUUCUAUAUAUAUUUAUGAUAUUUUAAAUAAUGAGUUAGAUGUAAAUAUUACUAUGUAAUAUAUAAUUAUAUUAAUUGUAUAUUUGGAUUGAAAUGGUCAUAAGUCAAAGUGCUUGUAGAAUUUAUGAAUGCAUUUAAUGAUAUAGUUGUUUUCUUUUGUGUGUGUGUGUGUGUUUAUUGCUCAAUGUUGGCUGAAUGUUAUAAUAUCAAUGCAAGUCUUUACAAUGUUAAAAGUACUGCCUCCAAGCUGUCAGUGUUUUAAAGAAGAUUCAAUGAACCAUUAAUGUGCAACAGGGCCACCGACAGCAAUUUCACCAGAAUGUAGCAUUUAAUCAUAACAAUAGCGGCCUUUGUAUGUUUGCAACAUACUUAGACUUUGUAAACUGUAGCAAUUACAUCAUCAUAUUGUUAUGACCAGUGUUGGGUGUAAUCCAAUUACAAAGUAAUAAAUUACUAUAAUGAAUAUUUUUGUCAAAAAAGUAGUGUAAUGCAUUACAUUUUAAAUUGUGUAAUCAGAUUACAGUAACUAACUUUCAGUUAAUUUAAUUACUUUUAAGUGUAUAGUGUUGUGCUCAUUUCUAAUAUAUUAUUUAUGUAGAAUAUGUGAAUUAAGACCCUGUAACGAGUCAUUGUGAAGCAGACAUUAGCCGCUUUUCCACCAUCAGGCCGAACAGUUCCGUGCCGAUCUGGGCCAGCUGGCGCAGUUAAGGAUUUUUCUUUUUCCCACUGUGGUACGUAACAGAUCUGUCUUUUGGCAAUGCCGUGAGAGGUAAACAUACAAGUCACCACGUAUUAAAGCCAUUCCACCGGCACGGUUGAGUACGUUAGCUAACUGUGCCGAGAAUUCCAGGCCAAAAACGGUUUAUAAUCGUGCCGUCCGAACCAUGCUCAUGUGGAAAUGCUACUGUAACCGUUCCAUACUGUGCUCAGAACCGUUCUGUCCUAUGGUGGAAAAGUGGCUAUUGUAUGUCACAAUGAACAAGAAAGAAAUAUAGAUAUUAUUUUUAAUUUGUUGAGCGUAAAAGUGUUUUAAAUCAAAAAGUAACUUAAAAGGAAAGUAAUUAGCAAUGUGAAACAUUAUCAGUAAAGUAAUCUGAUUACAAUUUUAGAGCAAUAAUUAGUCAUUUGUAGUGGAUUACUGUUUUUAAGUAACCCAAACAACACUAGUUAUGACUGUUUAAGUCCAACACAUGACCAUUACAAAAUUGUUAAGGAAUUUUAAGCAUUUAUAAAGGAUUGUAUUUAAGUAACUAUUAAGAUGUUAUCUGAAUUAUUAUUAGUGCAUCAUGCUGUAAGUUUUCUUCUUGUUUCGGUUGCAGUGCAAUAUAUUUUUGGUUUCUGAGCUUGUCAGAUUGCACACUUUACUCUUGAAACUAUACUUUAGCUCUGAAGUGUACAUUUCUGCUCUUAUAUUAAAGACAUUGCUAUUGCAUACUCCCUAAAUGGAGCUUAGAUGUACAGUAGGUAACUGCUUGUACACAUUUAGUUAUACUAUAUUUGUCAAAAGCUGUUUAGCUCAAUAAUUUAAUGAGCAUGUUUUCUUAGUUUAUGAUACUGAUUAAAUGCUGUACAUUUUGUAUAUAAUCUCUGAGGGUUGUUAUUGCAGUUGGUGUUUAGUUAAUGAUUUCCCAAAAUGUGACCUGUUACUGUAUGUUACUGCUUUCAUGUGACAUUGUCAAA